ACUGACAUUUCCCAACUGUUUCUGCAUAGCUACACCCUUACUGCUAAAAAAACCUUCUGUCUAUGCCACAACAUUUUUAUUACCUAUCUCCAAAUGCAAUCCUCAGUGUUACCAAUUCAAACACAUCAUAUGAAAUACACUAAUUAAACUCUGUUACAUUUAAUCUUCAAGAACACAAAAACAAAUGGCUCCUUCGUCUUCCUCCAUCUCCUCCCUCUCUCCUCUGGCUCCUCACUCCUUCACUCCGAUAUUGGAAUGUGACAAGGAAGGAAAGGAGGAUGAAGAAUCACAAGACUACUACACAAGCUCUGUUAAAUCCACACCUAGUCAACAACAUUAUAGUACAAGCAUCAAAGACUUUGAAACCAAAUAUGUUCAUCAGCCAACUCCGCUGCAUCACAAAAAUUGCAAGACAUCUCGUCAAAAAUCAUCAAGUGACUCGCCCUCUGUCGAGGACCGCGGAGUGUCAUGCAACAAGUGCCGUCCAAGCAACCGCGACAAAAUCUCCGCGGCUCCGUCAGAAAAUAAUGGAAAUAAUCGGCAGUCUUUUUCGAGUCCGAAUGGAAUUUUCAAGUCAUUUUUUGGUGCUAAAAAAAGCCCGAGGAUUUUAUCCGACGUGUCGUCCACGUCGGAGGAGAGGUGGAAAAUUGUGGCGACAGAGCUGUCGAAUAAGCUCGUGCUAGCUACUCGAAAGCGGGAUGAAGCGGUACAAGAGGCUUCGAAGUUGAAACGGUCCAUGGCGGAGAUUGAGAAGAAAAUUAAUAAGCUCGAAAUUUAUUGUCACACGUUAAAAUCUGGGCUUGAUCAGUGUAACAACGUGUCGGUAUCGGUGAUGAAUAAAUCGGUGGCUUUGAAGCAUGAGAGUGUGGUGAUUGGUGACAAGGAUAAUGUUGUGGAGAAUUUUUUGGUUUCGGUUUCGGAUGCUAGGUCAACGGUUCGGUUUUUGGCUCGGUCCUUGACUCUGCAACUACGUCGUAUGGGGAAUAAAGUUUAUGAUCAAAUUUCGCUACUUCUCCAAUCGUACGAUAUUAAAGUUUCAUUGUCUAAAAAUCCGAAGGAGUUGAUGACAUACGUCGAGGCGUUAUUGAACAAGUCCUUUUUCAAGGAUUUUGAGUCGAUCGGGUUCGACAAGAGUUCUGCGAACCAGAUACUGAACCCGAUCGCUCGUUGCGAGGCGAAUUUCGCCUCGUACUACGAGUUACGAACCCUGGAAUGGGAUGAUGUGUUGAACAAGGGGACUAGGCACUUCAGUGAGGAGUUCAGCAAGUUUUGUGACAGGAAAAUGAGUGAGAUUGUGGCUAUGUUAGGGUGGAACCGGGCCUGGCCCGAGCCACUUCUACAAGCCUUCUUUGGUGCCUCUAAGGCAGUGUGGCUGGUGCACCUGUUGGCUAACUCUGUGCACCCCAGCUUGCCGAUUUUUAGAGUGGAUAAAGAAGCGAAAUUCGAUUCGGUUUACAUGGAGGAUAUGGUCGGAGAGAAGGCGCGGAGAUUGGUUCCGGCUGAGGUUCGGAUCAUGGUGGUGCCUGGAUUCUAUGUCUAUGGCAAUGUGGUCAAGUGCAAGGUGAUUUGCAGGUAUCAGAACAGCAGCAAUGGCAUUGAUUAUGUAGAAGGAAGGGGGUUUAGUUCAAUUCCAUCUCCUAAGUAGCCAUCACAUGUGUAAAGUUUUGCUUCUCAACUCAAAUGAAUAUCAGAAUCAAGAAAAUUUGAAAUUCAAAUAGAUGAUUGCAGUAAUUGUUCGUUACAUUUGU